GAUUUGCGUGCUAUAUCCGAAUGGUGUAUUUACCCAUGUCUUAUAUUUAUGGAAGGAAGUUUGUUGGCAGAGUCACACCAGUUAUACUGGAACUAAGAAAUGAACUCUACAGGGUCCCCUACGAUGAGAUUGACUGGAACAAAGCUCGAACUGAAUGUGCUAAGGAAGAUAUGUACAAUCCACAUUCAUUAGUCAAGGAUAUACUCUCGUUCAUUCUCCAGAAGUUUGUUGAACCUGUUUUGUCACAUUGGCCUGGGAAAAAACUAAGGGAGAAAGCUCUGGCUAAUGUCAUGAGGCACAUUCACUAUGAAGAUGAGUGCACUCGAUACGUCAACCUUGGUGCUGUACCCAAGCCGUUAAAUAUGCUUGCUUGCUGGAUUGAAGAUCCAAACUCAGAGGCAUUCAAAUGCCAUAUUCCACGAGUAUAUGAUUACAUAUGGAUUGCUGAAGAUGGCAUGAAGAUGCAGAUUUAUGAUGGCAGCCAAGUCUGGGACGCAGGUUUCACUGUUGAGGCCCUUGUGGGUACUGACCUUGUCAAUGAGCUUGGACCAACUCUUAAAAGAGCGCACUCUUUCCUUAAGAAUUCACAGUUGCUUGAGGAUUUCCCCGGAGAUUUCAACCACACGUAUCGCCACAUUUGCAAAGGUGGUUGGACAUUUACUACAGCUGAUGAUGGUUGGCAAGUUUCAGAUUGCACUGCAACAGCAUUAAAGGCGUGUCUGUUGUUAUCAAAGAUGUCUCCUGAAAUCGUUGGAAAACCGUUGGAAAUUUAUAGGCAAUAUGAUGGUAUCAAUGUUCUGAUGUCUUUCAUGAAUAAGGAUGGUGGAUUUUCAUCAUUUGAACUCGUAAGGUCUUAUGCAUGGUUGGAGGAUUUUAAUCCUUCAGACUCAUUUGGGCGCGUUAUGAUUGAAUACCCGUAUGUCGAAUGUACAUCGUCAUCAAUUCAGUGUCUAGCAUUAUUCAGAGAACUUAACCCCGGGCACCGCAAGGAAGAGGUGGAAAAUUGUAUCAGAAAAGGCGCUGAUUUCAUUGAGAGUUCUCAAAGAAGUGAUGGUUCAUGGUAUGGUUCGUGGGGUAUUUGUUUCACGUAUGCCACAUGGUUUGGUGUGGCAGGAUUAGUUUCUGUUGGCAAGACAUUCGAGAAUAGUGUUGCGAUCAGAAAGGCUUGUGACUUUCUCUUGUCAAAAGAGCUUCCUUCUGGUGGCUGGGGAGAGAGCUAUCUGUCAAGUCAUGACGAGGUUUACACAAAUCUUAAAGGCAAUCGACCUCAUGGUACACACACUGCAUGGGCCAUGCUAUCACUAAUUGAUGCAGGACAGGAGGAAAGAGAUCCAAUGCCUCUACAUCGAGCAGCAAAGGUUUUGCUAAAUUUACAAUUGGAUGAUGGAGAAUUUCCACAACAGGAGAUCAUUGGAGUUUUUCUCCAAACUGCCAUGGCCAGUUACUCCCAUUACAGGAAUGUCUUCCCUAUCUGGGCUCUCACAGAAUACCGUCGUCGAGUAUUGCUUGCAGGCAGGAAAUAGGCGCUUGAUUUAAAGACGUACAGCAAGCUCUCGGCGUGUGAGAUGCAAAAGUUACCUCUUACUCCUUGCACCUUGUACUAUGUUUCUCUAUCUUUUGUUUGCUUUAUACUCUAUUCUAGCAAUUGUAUUUUCUAAGAAUAAGAUGUGUAAUCGUAAGUAACCAGUUCUGUUUAAUGGUUGUUCCUUUUCUUUGUAAUAAAAAAUGUAACCGAUAGUACUGCUUCUUUAUAUAGUUACAAUAUAAUAAAAAGACGGUUGCUAC